CACUUUCCCGAGCCGGCGCCUUGGCCAUUUCCUUGCGGCUGCCGGCCUUCCUUUGAGCCCCGGCACCCUGCGGCCCGACCUCUUGCACAAACAUGCCUCGCAGAAACAUCCUGCAAGAGGGCCAUGGAGGCAUUCACAGGUGCGAAACGAGUUUCCGCAGUAGAAGUUUCUCAUCGACGGAGCUCGAGGACAGGACAUCGUCUGGCUGCUGAAGCCAAGCCUGAUUGGCAGGUGCCUACGUCACACGAUGUAUGGAGAGUGGCGGUCUUCACUCCAGCCUCCUACACCAAAACACUGUCGCACUGCUACCCUGACCUUGUUGUCUGUUGUCUCACUCUUGGUGUUUGCAAACAUUUCUACCACUGAUGUGACUUGAUCCCUGGCGACUACCUCACACUCCAUCAACGGCGACAAUAAACCCAUAGAGCCCCCGACUCGAGGACUUCCCAGCAUGGGCAGACGAAGCAAGAACUCGCAGCAGAAGCUCAGAGCAAGUCUGGGCGAUAGCUGGGACGAUGCCAACUAUUCCACCGACGGCGCCUCCACCGCUAACCACAGCGAGAUUGAGCUAGAGCCCUCAGAUAAUGAGCUGGCACACGAGUUGGAUGUUGGCGCAGGAACUUCCGGCAUCAAAGAAGAUCCAUUCUCUCAACCCCUGCCCAAGGACCGCCUGGCUCGAAGCUCAAGAAUUGACAAUGACCGCACCCCACGAACGUCAAAGCCGGUCGAGCCUUUGACUCAGUCAGAACAACCAGGACCAUCAUUCAUUAUGCCUAAGCUAGAAGACUCGCUACAAUCUUCCAACGGAUCGCCGUCGCGUAGACCGCAGAUUCGCAGCCAAAAUGUACGGAAUAGAACUCCACAUCUGCGGACUUUAGAUCGUUCUACUACCUCCUACAACCCCACUUCGAGGGCUCAGCCAACUCCAGCGCCCACGGAACACCAACAAAGCCCUCUUGGCUUCAUCUACGAGAACUUUCUGUCUCCCGUUGCCCGUUACCUCGUGGGUGUGUUUGGUCACACCAUGGGCAAUCUGCAGCCCCUUUUUGGUCUUGCGCUGGCCAUCGGCGUACUCGUCUUCGGCGUCCAGCUCGCCAUUGGGUCUGCUCGCUCCAGUCUGACCAUGGCUCUGACGCCAUUGUGUCUUAUUCCUGGUUCUUCCUACGUUGCACCGUUCUGCUCAACAUCAGCGAUUCACGAUGACCAACGUGUCGACUUUGAGGGACUGCUCCACGCGCAAACCGGCUUGGAGGAUAUCCUGGACGCAGCGAAGGACACAUCGACACUUCCCUCUACCAUCAAGGAUUCUGAGCUUGCCAUCCGCGAUCUGCGCGGCCUGGUGCGCCAUUCUCGCCUGCCUUCGCGCCACUCGCUGAGUCUGGAGUUUGACAACUUCAUCAGGACCGCCAACGACGCCUCCAUGGACCUCUCCCGCUUCAAUUCCCGCAUUGGCGCAACCGUAGACAGAGUGAUUGCAACGAACACCUGGACAAGGGCUGUACUCUCGGGUAUUUCCGAGCAGGAAGCUUCCUACGGCACGCUUGACCGCGUCUACGGCGCCCUCACACGGGCCUUCGUUGCUCCCCCACCCACACUCCACGAACGCAUCUUCGACCAGUACUCUGUCCACGUCAGCAAGAACGCUGAAGAAAUCACCAAGCUCAUCGACACGGGCGUCGCGCUACACGCCGUGCUGCAACACCUAGACGAGCAACUCGACACCAUCUACCAAAUCGCCAUCAACGACGACGCGACAAUCACCAAGAACCAAGAAGAGCUGCUGGCCCAGCUCUGGACCAUCGUCGGCGGCAACAGGUCCAAGCUCAAUACCAACAACAAGAAGCUCAUGCUCCUAAGGAAUGUGUCGGCGUACCGCAAGAAGGCGCUCACCCACGUCUCUGAGACGCUGCUGAAGCUUAGAGAGAUUCAGGCUGAAUUGGAGAAUCUGAGGGAGGGCGUUGAGGCACCCACGGUCCUGGGCUACAGGGACGAUCUGCCAAUCUCAUAUCACUUGGAGCUGAUUGACAAGGGCGUUGACCGACUGAGGACGGCGAGGGGAGAGAGUAUGAGGGUCGAGGGUGAAACGUACAGGAAUCUGGUUGGACGUGGCAAGGAGGAGCGGCGGGAGUUGCCCGCGCCGAUUGUGACUGCGAAGGUUAAGUGAGUGUCGGAGUGUGAGUCAGCGCUGCAGUUGGAUGAGGAGCUUGCUUUCAUGCAUUAUUAGCCAUGUCCCGUGCCGUA